ACAAUGUAAAAAAAAAGAAAAGAGUUGAAAAAAAAUCAUAAACAAAAAAGAAAAUUACACUGCCCUCCUUCCUAAAGCCAGAUCGCAGCCUUUCGCAUCUGCAUACCUUUCUUCCGCCGUCGCGUGAAGUUUUGCUCUGUGUUUGUUGUUAAAAAUUCAUUUGUAUUGUCCUGUAUUUGAUGACUUUUACCGAGAUUAGUUGAAUUUCAAAUCGCUUCGAGGAGCGAUGGUGGUUUCUUCUUCCCGCUGCUACGUUCCUUUUCAUGUUCAUAAAAAAAGGAAGCAUUUUCCUUCCCGGGAUUUUUCCAAUCCGACAAAUAACGCAAACCCUAAUUUUCAACUUGGGUUUCGCUGUCAAUGGGCUAAGCCUCUCCGUCUUGCGGCGACACAAUGCAACAUGUUCGACUACUCAGAGGGUGCUGUCGGCGGUGGAGGCGGCGAAGUGGAGGCUGAACAUCCGGUGGAGGACAAGCAGUUCGUGCGGUGGUUCAGAGAAGCCUGGCCCUAUCUCUGGGCUUACCGUGGCGGCACCUUCGUCGUUAUUAUCUCCGGCGAGAUCAUCUCCGGCCCUUACUUUGACCCCAUCUUGAAGGACAUUGCUUUUCUUCAUCAUCUGGGCAUAAGGUUUGUUCUGGUUCCUGGGAGUCAAGUGCAAAUUGACCAGCUUUUGACUGAGAGAGGACACGAGCCCGCAUAUGUAGGUCGAUACAGAGUAACAGACUCAGCAUCUCUACAGGCUGCCAAAGAAGCUGCUGGAGCAAUAUCUGUGAUGAUUGAGGCCAAACUAUCUCCUGGCCCCUCCAUUUGCAAUAUCCGCCGACAUGGUGAUAAUAGUCGUCUGCAUGAAAUUGGUGUCAGGGUUGAUAGUGGUAACUUCUUUGCGGCAAAGAGAAGAGGCAUUGUUGACGGUGUUGAUUUUGGAGCGACUGGUGAGGUGAAGAAGAUAGAUGUUGAUCGGAUCUGUGAGAGGCUGGAUGGUGGUUCUGUAGUUUUGUUAAGGAACUUGGGCCACUCUAGCUCCGGGGAAGUCUUGAAUUGCAACACCUAUGAGGUUGCUACAGCGUGUGCUUUAGCUAUCGGAGCAGAUAAGCUUAUUUGCAUCAUGGAUGGUCCCAUUCUAGAUGAGAAUGGACAUCUUAUUCGUUUCUUGACCCUUCAGGAGGCGGAUAUGUUGGUCAGAAAACGGGCACAGCAAAGCGAGAUAGCUGCCAAUUAUGUGAAGGCAGUUGGGGAUGGUAGUAUAAUUUAUCCUGAACCUGUUAGUCCUGGUAGUACAAUUCCUUCCCCUCACAAUGGAAGAGCGGUUUGGGGAAAGCACAUUCCAACCUUUCAAAAUGGUGUUGGAUUUGAUAACGGAAAUGGGUUGUGGUCUGGUGAGCAAGGUUUUGCUAUUGGCGGUGAGGAAAGGCUAAGCCGCUUGAAUGGUUACCUCUCGGAAUUGGCCGCUGCAGCCUUCGUCUGCAGAGGCGGUGUCAAAAGAGUUCACUUGUUGGACGGCACCAUCAGUGGAGUGCUAUUGUUGGAACUUUUCAAAAGAGAUGGAAUGGGAACUAUGGUGGCAAGUGAUGUGUACGAAGGAACCCGGAUGGCAAAAGUGGAAGAUCUUGCCGGGAUAAGACAAAUAAUCAAACCCCUUGAGGAAUCCGGGACUUUAGUACGAAGAGCCGAUGAUGAGUUAGUGAAAGCCUUAGACUCGUUUGUGGUGGUGGAAAGGGAAGGUCAGAUCAUCGCUUGUGCAGCCCUCUUCCCUUUCUACGACGAAAAAUGCGGAGAAGUAGCUGCUAUUGCUGUUGCAUCGGAUUGCCGGGGACAAGGGCAAGGAGAUAAAUUGCUAGAUUACAUUGAGAAGAAAGCUUCGGCCCUCGGGUUAGAGAGGUUAUUUCUACUGACAACGCGAACUGCAGACUGGUUUGUGAGACGCGGGUUCCGGGAAUGUUCAAUAGAGAUGAUACCGGAGGCGAGAAGAAAAAGGAUCAAUCUUUCUAGGAGAUCCAAGUACUAUAUCAAGAAGUUGUUGCCUGACAGGAGUGGGAUCUCAUCAGUUGUUCGGACAUUCCGGUGAGUAAGUACCCUGUUUCAGUUUCAGUUCCUGAGCUUUGGGAAGAGACUGACCCCCAAACAUGGUCGGUAUGCAAUGCGCAAUGCGCAAUGCCAAAGUGAAUGGAUUUUGUGAUGUUCAGUUGUGUUGUGCCCAUGUGGUUUACAUCCCUUUAUUUUUGUUGCUUUA